AGAUGGCAGCAGUACCCUCAGUAAAAGAACAUGCGUAAAAUGCUUGUAAAUUUGUUUCUACAUGCUUAUUGUAAUACAUUAUCAAAGUGUCUAAUUUAAUAUCUGUUUUGAUUACUAUUUAUUAAUUGUUCAUCAUCCUAGUUGUAUACUUUGUGAAAUAGACAAAUUCUCUGUAGUACCCUUAAUAGGUUUUGUUGAAAUUGGUUACAAUUUUAAGAGAACCUCAUCAUGCCAAGAAGCGGAGGAGGUGAUGGGAUAGCAAAUAAAUCACUGUUUAUAAAGAACCUCUCUGAGGAUAUUAGAUCAAAUGAUUUAAAGAACAUUUUUGGUAAAUAUGGUAAAAUAGCUGAUGUUUACAUCCCGGUCGACUACUACAACAGGAAACCUAGAGGAUUUGCCUAUGUUCAAUUUGAAAGUUUGCGGGAUGCUAAAGACGCCGUCAGGGAUCUACAACAUCUUACUUUUCAUGGACGUGAGCUGACUGUCGAAUUUGCCCAAGGAGAUCGAAAGAGUAAGUCAUCCAAAGAUGGUUUGAUUCAAAGGGAACUUUUAAACAAGACUGUGAUCCACAAUCCACAAAUCCACAUUGUUUUACAAAAUUUUAAAGAACCGAAAGAACUCCGUCAGAGAUGCGAUACAAAGAAAGACGAACACCGAACGAGCGUGGGGAUAGCAGACACAAUGGUUACAGAAGAAGGUCUAGAGAACGUUGCAGGAGUCGCUCAAGAAGCAGAUCUCGAGGUCGAUCACGGGAAAGAAGGUUUAGUCGAAGUCCAAUUCGUCGUCACUCUAGACCGUCACGUCGCUCUCGCUCAUUAUCAAGGUCACGUCCAAAACAUGGUUCUGGUAGCCUUCAUCAUAACGAUCGAUACAUACACCGGCCUCGUCAAAUCUCCCCUAUUUGAACUCAUUAAAAGUCAUUAGCAUCUCCCAGUCAGUCUUCAUCACUUAUUGCUUAUAUUUUCAUCAUAAAAUCCGUUCAACGAUUUAAUUCAAGAAUUCAUGAUUUAAUACUUUGAUUGUCACCAACCACUAGAAUUGUAUUAAAAAAUGGAGGAAAAAAGAUAAAGAAAUAUUUAUCGGACAAAGUUAUAACCUCAGUAAGUUGAUUAGUUAUUUGGUAAAUCCUUACAAACUAAAAAUAAAUGAAAGGAACAUGCGUGCGUGUUAAAGUGAGGAAGACAAACUGAUGAACAAAUGCUGAAGACGAAAAUGAUGACAUUUAUAAUGAAAUGGAUGAUCUUAUGGUAGCAAUGGUUAAAUAGUGAAGAAACGAAAUAGAGCGAUACAAAGAAUUUGUCAUUCACUGUUGAUACUUAGAAAAUUGAAAAAAACUGUGUCUAAUCGAGCAGUUCGCAUUAUUGCAUGCACAUUUCAUUUUUCAUCUUCCCUCCUUCUUCAUCCUCCUCCUCGUCUUCACACUGUCACCAUCAUUAUCUUCAUCACCAUUCUCACAUCUUUUAAACUAAUGAUGGGAGACCCUCGGAAUGAGUUUGACUUGGAAGAAGAGAGAAAAGAGGGACAAAAUCGAUGACAAUAUCAAAUUGGUAGGAGGCUGUGAAGGAGUUUCUCAAGAUGAUUAUUAUCAACUUUUCUUCCUUUUUUCGUUGACAAUUUAGGGUUAAAGACUGAAAAAAGGAUUUAAAAUAAGGUGGAGAUUGAGACUAAUUAAAUAAACAUCAGCAACUGUCAGGUUCAAUCCUUUGUUUGCUCAAUUAUUAUCAAUGUUACUGAAAUGUAUUAGUUAAUUUUGCCAAAUUCAUUUGAUAAACACAUUCUUACUGCGA